UCCUGUGAAACUGUUUCAUCACCAGUGGCUUUAUUUACUCAGCAGACCUCUUACUUUCAUUUACUCAGUCAUUUUCCACUAUCAGCAUCAGCUAUGUUCUCCACUAGUCAAUCGGUUCUGCUAGUUCUACUGGUGAUCACCUGCUUCCAUUACUACGCAGAAUGUGAUGAUGAACUCAUGGCCGAUUUUUGUUUAAACACGGAUACACCUGUAUACAUGGAUUCCUCAACAGUGCAAAGUCAAGAAAUCUUGACAACCUUCUUUAUUUUAGCUACAACAAAUCCAGAUCCACAGGAUCACACAGAACAUCUACACACUGUACAAUCAACUAGAGGUUCAGGAGUGAAUGAAGCGGCGGGUUUGUGCUGUUUUAAGUUUCAUAAACCAUCAAUUCCUGCAGCUGACGUCGUCUCUGUGGAACAAACCAGAUCUGACUGCACACUUCCUGGAGUCAUUCUUACAACAAAAAAGGGAUCACGGAUGUGUGUAGAUCCUGAGGUGGACUGGGUGAAGCAGAUCAUCAGUCAGACUGAAAUAAAAGAGAAGAUAAUACAAUUUUCUGUCACAGAUGCGAAUGGAGCAGUUUUGUGCUGUUUUAAGUUUCAUACAAGUCCAAUUCCUGCAGCGAACAUCGUCUCUGUGGCAAAAACGAGAUACGACUGCACACUUCCUGGAGUCAUUCUUACAACAAAAACUGGAUCACGGAUGUGUGUAGAUCCUGAGGACAAUUUGGUGAAGCAGAUCAUCAGUAAGUCUGAAAUAAAAGAGAAGAUAAUGACAUUGAAUGUCACAGCAGGGAAUGGAGCAACUUUGUGCUGUUUUGAGUUUCAUAAAAGACCAAUUCCUGCAGCGAACAUCGUCUCUGUGGAAAAACGAGAUCUGACUGCACACUUCCUGGAGUCAUUCUUACAACAAAAAAGGGAUUCCAUAUGUGCAGAUCCUGAGGUGGAUUGGGUGAAGGAGAUCAUAAAAAACAAAAGAAAAUAACUGCAUAGACUCAGACAACACAAUACAAAAAUGUCGCUCCAUGAAUCAGCCUUUUUUCCAGAAUUCUUCAUUUUUAUGAUUAAAAUGAAGAAUAAAUAAAAAAUAUUAAAAACA